AUGAAGAUCGACUCAAACGUUUACCGGGAAGCUCACAAAUUGGCAGUCAUGCCCCGCAUGAAAAUGUUAUUUUACGGGAUCGUGUGUGGGGCAACCGUACCAGCAAUGUAUUUAAGGACCUACUAUCUUCCUCAGAUACGGGCUGAAGAUGCAGAGAAUAUCCAGAUUUUGGAAAAUCAAGUAACACAACUAGAACAAAGAACAAAAGGAAUGGACCCAAUAAUGAGGAUAAGUACUAGGACUGAGUCCAAGAAGAAAAAGGCAGAGCCUUUUAGUGAGAACACAACAAAGACAAGUGAGAACCUUGGAGCCAUGGGAGGUGUUGGAGAAAUACCCAUCGCAAGCUGGCACAUUGGUGGCAGAAACAGGUUCGCAAACGACGAGAAAUACCGUCAGUUGGUUGAGGAGGCCAAUGCCAUAAUGUUCUCAUCCAUUAUGUAA